AUGGCCCGCCGCUCGGCUGCCUUGGCGGUCGCAUCCGCGGCCGCCCUGGCGCUGUCGGGCGGCCUCGCUUUUGUGGUGCCCAAGUCCGAACAGGCCAACUCCGUAUCCCUCCGGGCAAGCGUGCCUCGGGCCCAGGCGUCGGCUGCGCCCUCUGCUGCCUGGAGCGCGGGUGCCACGGCCGUGGCGGCAGCGGCUUUGGCCGCGGGAGUUGACGGUUUGAUCAGUUGUGGGUAUCGGGCAAGUGCUACCAAACCGGAGCAGACCGCAAUCAUCUGCUGCGAAGCAUGGGCGAACGGGCUCUGA